AUGGUUGAGAGACUUUUCAAUAUUAAACGUUGCAUUAUUGACGUCAAUCAUCAAAUUAUUCGACAUAAUCACGAAGUACAUGCCCCAAGUACUUGUACGAUGAAACUUAAGGGUUUCGCUUUGAGACUCUUUAGUUGCUUCAGAGACGUUGCUGGAGACGAUUCAACUACAUCAAAGGAUGACGACAAUGUAAACUCGAAAGAAUCGAGGAAAGAAAACACAUCUGAUGGUACUGUGGAACAAAUAGAUGAAACUGUACAGUGCUGCUGGCCUUCAGAAGUCGACGUGGAACAGGCAAAAAACCCGCCUGCACAAGUAGUUUCACCUUCGUCGCUAUCACUAACAACAAAGCAGUCAGAAGAUACAGAAAUCGACCCAUCCCAUCCGGCACAUCCAGAGCAUGAACGAGAAGUAUUGAACGUGUACGGUAAAUUUCUUACUUUAAACAAAAAGAGAAACACAUUGGUAAUUUUACUUAUAACUGCAACUGUUAUCUCUGCUGUUAUUAUUGCUGGUUUUGCAGGUUGCUUCAUGGUCGGCAUUACUGUUUAUGAAGAUGGUCCAUGUCCAUACUAUGGUAUUAUGGAUUGUUAUUAUGGUAACAAUCAAACUUACUUUCAAUGUACACCGAACAUAUCAAUUACUUUGCCAGGAUCCAAAAGUGCGGCAUGUUUUCGUUGGAUUGGACGUGAUAUUACAGUAUCCGAUGUCAUGACACAAGUUGGUGCUUGUACAGGAUUAUUAACUGCGUUGGGAGCUGUUCUAGAAGUCUUUAUACGUUUCCUAUAUUUUAUAUUGCAACAGCGCCUUUGUGUAUCAACUGGCAUACGUCGUGUGAUGGAAAAAACAGCUGGUAUUAAUAGAUUUACUCAACCAAGUCAUUGUUGUUGCUGCACAAUACCACACCGUCUUGGUGUUCUAGAUCUACGUUUAUACGAACAUCCGAUUCUUGUAGUAAUUGUCUUCAUUAUUUACGCUAUGAUACCAAUAGAUGUUGCUGCCUCAAUUUUUUUAAUGAUAAACUUUCGAAUCAGUAUAACAUCCUUAACAUAUGUUGUUAUGGCUACACUCGUACUAAUUUCAUGUAUGGGUCUCUUAUGGAUAUUAUGGGAAGAAAACGAGAUUGACCAAGUCAUUCCAGGCGCAUGGAAUGAUAUAAAUGAUACAGUUGCUUCAAUGAAAAAUCCUUUUUCAAAAUUAAAGCCUCUUCUUGAAAGUAUUAUUCCAAAAGAAGAUAUGGAGAAAUUCAAACAUUUUGUAGAUCAUGAACUGGUUGAAGCUCGCAGUCAUAUUAACUCAAAGCUCAACGAGAUAAAUCAAUAUACCACCAAUGUUAUGGACGAAAUAACUAAACAGAUUGAAAAUAAAUUUCCAAUAGAGAAAAUGGAACGAUUGAAGCCCCAAUCUAAUGAUAUACGUUCAAUAGUUAAAAACUUUUCAUUACAAGGUUCAGCUCAAGAAAUAAAAUCAAAAAUAGAAACCGAAAAAGAAAAAGAUAUCAGAAAUCGCAAGACUUAA